AUGAACUGUUCACUUUACUGGAUGCUGUUGCUGAUCUUGCUGUUGAAUGUGGCUGCCAAGUCAAAUGCCGCUGGAUGUGGCGUUGUCUCGCAGCCGCUGCGCCUGCGCAGCACUUCCAAUAAUCUGACCACUGACGAAACCGAGCAACAAAUUCCACAGAUCGAUCUUAGCCAGCUAAGCGAACAGCAGCUGCAACAGCUCAUGCAACAGCUGAAUGUGGCGGAUCAAUUCGAUGAGGAUAAUCGUGGCAGCAGUUGUCCAUGGAACAAGAUUCAGCGCAUCAUCAGACGCCAGUUGAUCCGCAUUCCUAAACGAUAUCUCAAGAAGUUACUUCGACAGUUUGGACUUGCUCGCAGCGGCAGCGGCAGCGUUCGCAGCGGAACAAUUCAACUACAGCCACCGACUGAGUUGCAGCCCGAGUCCCAGCCUCAGUCCCGGCUAUACUAUCUAAUACCUUUGGAAUGA